GAUAAAAGAAUUCAUGUUUGCCUUUCUGUAAAUAGUUUCAAUCUCCAUCCCAAACCCGGUGAGAUUCGCAAACAUGAGGUCCUGCGGGCUUCUCAAGAGCAGUGGUCUGGCUAUCAGAAGGACUAAUAUCCCAUCCAUUUUAAGACCGAUAAGCGGACGAACUCUCGCAACUGUAAAUACAAGCAGUUCUACAUACAAACCUGACAUCGAAUCCCGAACUCCUCCCUACCCAAAACUUCUCAAACGACUCCAUGAGGUUCGAAGAGUAUUAGGAUCCUCGAGAAGUUUGACUCUCGCAGAAAAGAUUCUCUAUUCCCAUCUCGAUAACCCCGAAGAAUCACUCUUGACAAAUACCGACAAUGGACUUAAUAUCAGAGGAAAUGCAAACCUUAAGCUCAAGCCAGAUAGAGUUGCUAUGCAGGAUGCUUCCGCACAAAUGGCAUUGUUGCAAUUCAUGACCUGCAAAUUGCCUUCUACGGCUGUCCCAGCCAGUAUUCAUUGCGAUCAUAUGAUUGUUGGACAGAGAGGAGCAGAUGUUGACCUUCCAGAGUCGAUCAAGGGCAAUAAGGAAGUUUUUGAUUUCCUGGAAUCUGCGGCGAAGAAAUACGGUAUCGAGUUUUGGCCACCCGGAGCAGGAAUCAUCCACCAAACUGUAUUGGAAAAUUAUUCGGCACCUGGUUUGAUGAUGCUUGGCACAGAUAGCCAUACCCCAAAUGCUGGUGGAUUGGGUGCUAUCGCCAUUGGUGUUGGUGGAGCUGAUGCCGUGGACGCAAUGGUUGAUGCACCAUGGGAAUUGAAGGCGCCAAAAAUUCUAGGAGUAAGACUUGAAGGGCAAUUGAGUGGUUGGGCGUCACCCAAGGAUGUCAUUUUACACCUGGCAGGCAAAUUAACUGUCCGUGGUGGAACUGGAUAUAUCAUUGAAUACCACGGACCUGGUGUUGACUCAUUGAGCUGCACUGGAAUGGCUACAAUAUGCAACAUGGGUGCCGAGGUCGGUGCUACCACUUCUCUAUUCCCAUUUUCUAAACGCCACGUUCCAUAUCUCGAAUCAACACACCGAUCCUCCAUCGCAUUACAAGCCCAAACUAUCGCAGGAAGUCCUUCGCUCCACAACUUACUGAGAGCUGACGAAGGCGCUCACUAUGACGAACUCAUCACCAUCGACCUUUCCACAUUGGAACCUCACAUCAACGGGCCAGCCACACCCGAUCUAUCAACCCCAUUAUCACAAUUCGCUAAAGCUGUUAAAGAAAAUAACUGGCCAGAGACAGUAUCCUCAAGUUUGAUUGGUAGUUGCACGAACAGUUCAUAUCAAGAUAUGGCACGAGCACAGAAUUUGGUCAAACAAGCAUCUGCCGCAGGGCUCAAGCCAGCUACUGAUUUCUUCAUCACACCUGGUAGCGAACAAAUCAGAGCAACUCUAGAGCGAGAUGAGAUUUCAUCAACAUUUACCGAAGCUGGAGGUAUCGUGCUUGCUAACGCUUGCGGUCCAUGCAUUGGCAUGUGGAGCCGAACCGAUGGAGUUGGUAAAGGCGAACCAAACGCAAUUUUCACAUCAUACAAUCGCAACUUCCGAGGCCGAAACGAUGGUAACCCAGAUACCAUGAACUUCCUCGCCUCACCUGAAAUUGUUACCGCAAUGUCAUAUGCUGGAAGCACAUCUUUUAACCCACUCACAGACUCCAUCAUUACUCCAUCUGGCAAAGAAUUCCGUUUUGAGCCACCUACUGGUGCUGAACUCCCCCAGGAAGGUUUCGAAGAAGGAAACAAGGAAUUUUUGCCAUCGUCAGGCGCCCCUGCCCCUGAAACGGAAGUCGUUGUUUCUCCAACCUCGGAUCGUCUAGCUCUUUUGGAACCAUUCGCUCCAUUCCCAGAAAGCGACUUGGAGGGACUUCGUGUUCUCUACAAGGUCACCGGAAAGUGUACUACCGAUACCAUUUCUGCUGCUGGUCCUUGGCUUAAAUACAAAGGUCACCUUCCAAAUAUCUCGGCCAACACACUCAUCACAGCUACAAACGCUGCUACGGGUGAAGUAAAUGUCGCCUAUGAUGUGGAUGGUAGCACAUCUGGUAUUCCAGAACUUGCUCAAAAGUGGAAGGAUCAGGGUAAAGAAUGGCUCGUUGUCGGAGAAAGCAAUUACGGGGAAGGUUCCGCACGUGAACAUGCGGCUCUCCAGCCCCGCUACUUGGGAGGCCGAGUCAUUCUCUGCAAGUCAUUUGCACGUAUCCACGAAACAAAUUUGAAGAAGCAAGGUGUUGUACCCCUUACCUUCGCCGACGGAGAGGAUUAUGGCAAGAUUGACGCACUUGAUGAGGUUGGCACGAUCGGAUUAUACGAUAUGUUGAAGAAUGGCGGAAAGGGUGAAGUUACUUUGCGGGUUAAGAAGCACGGGUCGGGAGAGGAAAUUAUUCUCAAGACCAAGCAUACUUUCAGUCCUGAUCAAGCUGGAUUUGUUUUGGCAGGAAGCGCAUUGAACUUGUUAGCAAAUGCAAAGAGGUGAUAGGAUGGUAGACUUAAAAUGGAACUAAACCAAAAUAAAAGCCAAUUACCACAGAGUUACGUAUUAGUUGGUGCUCAAGUACCGGUAGCAUGGUUUUCCGGUCUUUGAAUUCUUACAUCAACCUUGGAACUAAAAAGCUACAAGUCACUUGAUAUUUCGGAAAGUGUAAAUGGGAUGUCUAACUGGAUUUAUAUCAGUUGCCCAGUUAAAACUAUGUACUUAGAAAAUAAUCAGGUACAAGUACCGCA